AUGGCAGAAAACGUGAGGAAGCUGGCCAAAAGCGAAUCUUUUCGAGGACUGCAGGAAAAAGUCAACUACUGGGCGAAGGAAUACAACACAAAUUCCUGUGAUGAAAAUCUAAAUUAUUGCAUUGGACUCAUCGAACAAGUUGCCAAAGUGCAGGCACAACUCUUUGGGAUCCUCACAGUGACAGCCCAAGAAGGAGGACGUAAUGAGGGUGUGGAAACAAUCAAGGGUCGACUUUUGCCUUUGCUGGAGAAUUCUUUCAGUUCUGUAAACAUGUUAAAACUUAUGGAGGCCAAGGACCCCUCUGCUCAGGAUGCGUAUUAUAGAGAUAAAAACAGAGAAACUGGCUUUCGGGAUCCGGACCAAAAGCAAUCAGACUCUGACCACUACCAGGACAAUCCACAAAACCAGGUUCAAGACGAUCUGGCUGACACUGGAAAGAGUCUUGAAGGAAGCAAGAACAGAUCAACCAUAUCCCUCAUGGCUGCAGAGGAGGAGAUAAAUCAGCUAAAAAAGCAGCUUAAAUCUCUUCAAGCCCAGGAAGAUGCCCGCCAUAAGAACUCAGAGAAUCGUCGCACUGAGUCUUCAAAAUCUGAACGUCGGGGAAUUUCAGGCAAACGGACCGGAGAUGCACGGAGCGCAGAGACACGGGGCUCAGACACGCGGAACACAGAGACGACAUCCGAGUAUGAGAAACAUCUCCAAAAUCUGAAGGAUGAGAUAUCUGGCUUGUCUGCUGAAAAAUCCGGUCUCCAGGGAAGCCGCAGCCACAGCCGCAGCAGGUCCAAGGGCCCCUGUACCACAGUGGCCAAGGUCAGAAGCCCAUCCCCAAACCGGUCCAAAAUGUCCACAGAGACUCGCAAAGCUGCUCUCCUGUCCCGAUUCAGCGACGCCUAUUCCCAGGCCCGCCUGGACGCCCAGUGCUUGCUGCGGCGUUGCAUCGACAGGGCAGAGACGGUGCAGCGGAUCAUUUACAUCGCCACAGUGGAGGCAUUUCACGUAGCUAAAAUGUCGUUCAGGCAUUUCAAGAUCCGGGUGAGGAAGAUGCUGACACCAUCGAAUAUGGGGACAAAUGACUUUGAGAACGCAGUCAUGGACUACAUCGUUUGUCAUCUUGAUCUAUAUGACGCUCAAGGCAGUGUUAAUGAUGUCAUCCGUGCCAUGAACGUCAACCCCAAGAUCUCAUUCCCUCCUGAAGUUGACUUCUGUGUCCUUAGUGACUUCAUCCAGGAGAUAUGCUGCAUUGCUUUUGCAAUGCAGUCCUUAAAUCCACCGCUUGACAUCGCGUUUGGGGCCGAUGGAGAAGUCUUUAAUGACUGCAAGUACCACCGCAGCUAUGACUCGGAUUUCACUGCUCCCCUGGUCUUUUAUCACGUGUGGCCUGCUCUCAUGGAGAAUGACUGUGUCAUUAUGAAGGGAGAAGCUGUCACCAGGAGAGGGGCUUUUUGGAGUUCUGUGCGACCUGUAACACGAUGCCGCAGCAGGAGUUUAAGUCCCAUCUGCCCUCGUAGCCGCAUUGGAAUAAGCACGAUGUCUCGAAGUCGGAGUCCUUCUCCAAUAAGAUGUACAUUGCCAAGAUACUAAAGCCACCAGCCACGUUCGCUUGCCACAGUCCAUUGAAACAGUCCAUCGAAACAGCCAGCUUCCUCAGUGCCUCCACCCACCUGCCUUGUCUGCCUCCGAUAUCACUUAACAUGAAAUGAAAAGGCAAUUCUGUGUGUCACUCCGCACAGAGUUUAAUGCUUUGGUUCAGUGCCUUUGUAACUCUAGAUCCAUAGCAGUUCCUUUUAUUUUGUAGGGGAAAUUUCCAUUCAUUUCAUAAAAAACAAUGAUAUAGGCAUAUAGGAUGAUAUUCAUUUGAACAAAGUCCAUCACAAAGGUAGAGACUUCUCCCCCUAAGUACUGGGGAUCUUUCAGAGCAACUCUAGGAGUGAAAGUAGAAGUCAUUGUCUAGCUGAGUCCCAAAGGAAGGACAAGUGCUUUUAUUUACAGAUCAAUCAUAAAUGCUCUCGUUGUUAGCAUCAGCUUUAGCUCCCUGAAACCACAGUGUCAGUGCCUGAUCCCUUCUUAGGGCUUCCAAGGCAUUGGUAGCCUCAGGCUGGGAAACUCCUCCCAGUAACCCUCACUUCAGGGUACACGUAGACAAUAAGAAGAUGUCAAUUUGAAAGGAUAGAACAGUUUGCUUGCUUCUCUCUUUGCACUUUAGCUAAAUGUCAGAGCUACUAGGCUUUCUGUUUUCUAUUUUUCUCCCUCCCUCCCCUUCCUUCUUUUCUUUCUCUUUUUGUACAUAGGUGCCAUUUAAUCAGUUCAGAUCUGGACACUUUAGCUUCAAGAGUUUUGACUUUUAAUAAACUGUUCAGUAAAGAAUGGGCAAGGGCCAUCCUUGAAGAUCAAAUUAAAACACUAAGUUCUGAGUGCUCCCAGUGUGGGAGCCCAAUAGUGGGCCAUUCUUGAUUACAUUUCAACUAAAAGCCAGUGUUAUCUAACUUAGGGAGCUACAGCAUUCCUGAAUGACCAACUGUGUGUUAAAACUGUGUAAUAGUCACUUGUGUUGUGUGACAAAAGGUCUUACUUAAAACCUCACUAAAUGCCUCUAUAUUGUAAGCCCCUCCUCCAAAGCCACAUGUGUUAUCUAAUUUGGAAAAAAAUAGUCCAGUUAUUUGUUCUCAACCCUAUCGGGCCACUUGCCAUUUCUCAAUCUUCUAAUUUGAGCUUUGGCCACACAGUGAAAGCCAAAUGGUGGAAAGCAUCUUUUGGAAGUGUCCAUGAACCCAGAGGAGGCUGGCCUGUAAUCAUGGCAUCUGGGGGUGAGAGGCUGGAACACUCUUGUUUUGCACUCUGGGUCAGUGUGAGUUUUUGUGUUAUUGCCCAGCACUUAAUAAUAAAAUCACUGCAGAGUGCUAGACUCUGACAUGCCUUUCUUCCAGAUUCUCAGGUUUAGUGGUGGCCCCCACCUUCACUAACCCAUGAAAGUGAACCACAAUCACACAUUCAUCAAGUAAAUACUGACUGUAGCCUGCCCCAGGUUGACUCAGAGAGUUGCAGCCCAUGGGGAAGGCCAACUGAUGGCUUUGUUUUGUCUUAUUUGUAGCUCCUCUCAUCUGUUCAGGAGACCCUGUGGACCCUGCUUAACUGUUUUCAUUUACACCAUUUCAGUGGCUUCCCACAAUAGCUAGGCAUGUCUGUGGCUCCUUACAUAAGGAAUGUUUUUCUUCAGUGAACUCUAGAGUCUUGUUCCAAUGUCUUUUGCUUUAGAGUAAGACCCUGUCUCAUUUUUUUCUGUUUCUCUUGGUACACAGCUCUGGUUGUUUGUUUGAGGGGAAAAGUGUGUGUGUGUGUGUGUGUGUGUGUGUGUGUGUGUGUGUGUGUAUUCCUGGAUUUGUUCUAUAGUGCUGAGGAUAUAAAUGUAGAGAAAGGGCAGGUUUCUAUGGAGUUUAAUGUCCCAUCUAGCUGUAUUCCUUGGUGAUUUUCUUGUCAUAAAGAGAUGUGAAUACAUAAGAAAUUAGAGCUGAUGAAAGCUGAGCUUGUGGCAUACAACUGCAACCUCAGCACUUGGGAGGCCAAGGCAGGAGGAGUGCCAAAAGUUUAAGGCCAGCUUGGGCUAUUCAGUGAGUUCUAGGGCAGCCUGAGCCACCUAGGAUGGCCUUGUCUCAACAAAAAGAAAAGGAUACAGAGAAAGGCCCAGUAAAUGUAGCAAAGAAACUUUUACAUGCCAGCUUGAAAGAUCUAAAAUUACUAUCAGGUAAAUAUAUCUGCAUAGAACAAAGCUGUGGGGCUGCCGGGAGAGCACCUCAUCUGGGAGAACUCCUUCCAGGCAGUAUAGUGCUUGCCGUUCAUUGUAAGAAUCUGAAUUUGGAUCUUAGCACCCGUAAGGCUAAGCAUGACAGUACACCUCUUACCCCAGUGCUGGGAAGGUAGAGACAGGUCCACUGCUGCAGCUCCUGGUCCACCGUUCUAGGUAAACAGGUGAAGAUUCAUCUCAAAAAUAAGGUGGAAGCAAAAUGAGAAAGACCCUUGACGUUGAUUUCCAGCCUCCACAUUUAACAUGUACGUAUGUGCACCCACAUCUGUAUGCACACACAUAGAUGAGCACAUCACACACACACACACACACACACACACACACACACACACACAGAGAGAGAGAGAGAGAGAGAGAGAGUGGGAGGCACAGGAGUGUUAGGAAAGGGAAGAGUAGACUAGUAUGGUAAAAUACACCAGAGAAUAGACCUCAACUUACCUAUAAUCCUGGCAUUGUUAAAGAAGCUAGUUUGAGACGGCAGAAGCAGUUCAGAGGACAUCGGUUUGUAGGUGCCCAAUAGCACAGCUGUUUGCUCGACCAGUUGUAUCUCUAAGUUACAGGGCAUUUGCUGAUCGUUCUAAUUUGCUUUUAGGCAUACCAUACAUCCUGUUGCGGGCACAGUGCUGCCAGCAUCAUUCUGUAAGGCUAGAGUCGGUAGGAGAUUUCUUAGUGGUAAAAUUUCAGACAUAUAAUUAAGGGUAAGAUGUUAUGGAACUUUAAAGAAACUAGAAUUUACAAAUGGCAAUAGAUCAUGGAACUGUGAGCCCAGGAACACAUGAAUAAGUAAAAUUUAAAAUGGCAUGUUAGCCCUAAUACAGGAAUGAGCAGUGGCCUUGAAAAUACAAUAGAAAUAGCUUUCUCAUUGCAAAUGAAACGUAACUGGACAGUUUCACACUUGAAAAAUACAGUCCAGCAGGGGUCAGCAUGAACACACUUUCCAUAGUAUCACCAACAAUUAUCCACCAAAAACUGGGCAUCUAUUUGUCCUACUACUGGGUGAGUGACAGGAGAGUAGCAAGUGUGCAUAUUGCAGAUUUAAUUACAAAGUGGGUUAUAGUACUUUUAGAAUUUUAGAGUUGAAAUGGUGUCUUAAAAUAUGUUGUAUAGUGUACUAGAAAAGCUAUUUAGUAGUUGGGCAAUGGCCAGAAGAUCUUGGGUAUCACACUGUGAACCAAGUCCCUUAGUAACUCACUUCUUAUGGUGGGAAACUGAGGCCCUGAGGUAUUACAGGGGCCAAGUCCUGGGGCCCUGCCAUAAGCCCUGUGGGUCAUAUGUGUGUGGUAGGAUGGAACAAGGUUCCUUCGUUAUCAUUUGAGAAGCUUUUGCUGGUGUGUUAAAAGAUAUUCCAAGACCUUCAGGUGUUGGAGAGAGCUUUUAAUGGAGUUCUUGCAGGGUAGCAUUUUAGAAACCGUGCUCUAGGACAUGUUUGUCUUUAGGAUGCAUUUUUUUUUCUUUUUCAGAAUUAAAUAUGCUACUGACUAUUGACGACCAUUGUAUUAACUUUUCCAAGUGAAUGAGGUAUCAGAGUGAUGUCAUCUACUAAACAGUCUGGCCUAGUCACUGAGCAGUGAGCACUAUGGUGACAAGUGGUUCUACAAGGUUGUGUGUGUUGAAAUUUAACACCCAUCUUGAGGCAUUGCGGGGGUGAAAUCUUAAUUCUUUUUUUUUCUUUUUUUAAAUCAUUUUUUUUAUUUGAAUCAGAAACAAGAUUGAUUUACAUGACAAUCCCAGUUCCCUUCUCCCUCCCGUCCUCCCCUACCACUCCCCCAAGUAAAACCCUACCUAUCACAUAUCCUUUCUUCUAUUCUUCCCCUGACUCAACCUUUCUGCUCCCUCAUGACCUCUGCAUCCUUCCUCUUCCAUCCAUCCUUCCUCUGCAGGCCUUCUAGGUGGGGUGUGAUUCAGUUCUGGUGGCUGCAGAAGAGACAUUUACACAUGUUCUCACUAUUUUCUACUGUGUGAUGCUCUGUGCUGUCUGUGGACUCUGUUAGCAAGAAGGCCUUCACUCCAUGUGUCCCUUAGACUUUGUACCUCCAGGACCUU